UAAAGAUAAAAUAAUAUUUUUUUAAAAUAAAAGAAAAAUAAAAUAAAAUAAAAUAAAUUUUUAUACCCUUUAAUCAAAAAAAAAAAUUUAUUAUAUCUGAUUUUUAUAAAAAUAAAUUAAUAAAUUCAAGUUUAGACAAAAAAAAAAAUAAAUUUAAAAUAUUUGUUCAGUUAAUAAAUUAAAAAUUUUUAAAAAUGUUUAGUUUUUUUAAAAAAAAGGAAUCAUCAAAUUCUCCAUCAACUCAAUCACAAUCAACAUCAAACAAUAAAGAUGGAGCAACUUUAAGUUCGAGUGGUGAAGGAAAAAUUAAAACUAAAUUAUCAAAGAAUGACUUAACAAAGAGUGAAAGUUCAAAUAGUAGUUUAGCAAAUAGUCCAAGAAGUGAUAGAAAUGAAUUAAAUAUUAGAGAUAUACCAUAUGAUUUGUUAGGUAAAAUUCUUGCAAUUAUCCAUGGAAACCGUAUUUUAACUAAAGAAUUUAUGGCAACCAGUUUAGUAUGUAAAAAAUGGAGAGCUCUAGCACGUCUUAAUGGAAACCAUAUAAAUUUAGAAUCAUUCUUUAAAAAAGUAGAAGCAACCAAAAUGAAAGUAGAAACCAUCGAAACCUGUGUAAACUAUUUCACCUAUGUAUAUCAAUCAUUGGAGGUUGUUGAUAUUGGUAAACUUUGUAUAAAUAAUAGAAUUCAUUCAAAAUAUUCAAUUUCUCUCAUGGAGUCAAUCGAUAAAAUAACAAGAAUGUCUUUGGAUCUCUCAAAGGUUACUAUUUCCGAAUAUGAAGUUAUUGUUUCAAGUUUGAAAUCAUUCAAAGCCAUUAAAGACUUCACCGUUUUAAACAUGUCUAGCCAAUAUACACCAGCCACCAUCUCACUAUUAGAGUCGCUACCAGAAUUAGAAACUUUAACUUUCACCGAAAUAAAUUUAGAAAAUAACCCCGAAGACCAUGAAACUUUUGUUCAAUUUGUUAAAAAGAAUACCACAAUUACAAAACUCACCAUAACAUUACAACCAGACAAUAGCAUUAGAUUUUUAAACAGUGUAAAAAUAAUCCUCCAAAAUAACAGAGCAUUAAAAUCAUUAUCAGUCACCCAAACCAUAAGAAGACCCUCAUUACCAUCAUCACCAUCAUCCUCCCAUGUACAUUUAUUAUCAAUUUCACCAACAUCAUCAUCAUCAUUAGCAAACAAUGCCAACUAUAACGGAGGUAGCAGCACAAGCAACAACAAUGGUUCAGUUUUAACAUCCUCCUACUCACUUUCAAAAUUCUCAUAUCCAUUUGACACCCUCAAAGAGCUUAACCUUUCAAAUAUGUCAUUAAACGACUCCGAUAUCAUCGAAUUAGCAGAAAAUGUAAUUUCAGUUAACAGCUCUUUAGUCUCUUUAGAUAUCAGCUACAAUAGAAAAAUUUCUUCCUCUGCUUUAGAUACACUUUUCAGAACCAUGAUCAAAAAUGAUGAAAUGAAAUUAGAGUCGAUGAAUGUCAGUGGCUUGGCAAUCAAUGAUGGUGUUAUAAGUUUAAUUGGUGACUAUAUUGGUAAAACUGAUACCAUGAGCCGUUUAUUCAUUAGCGAUUGUGAACCUUAUUGGUCUGAUGGUUUUAAAAACUUUUCAAAUAAACUUUCAAAUCAUCCAGGUAUGACAACUCUUCACUUAAAUAGAAAUCAUAUUGAAACCAAAUGUUUUGAUGAUCUUGCAAACUCCAUUUCAAACAACAAUUCAAAACUCAGAUUUUUAGAGUUAUCAGGUACACUUAACAAUGCUCAAAGUUUACAUUUAAUUUGCAGCUCUUUAGGUAGUAACAGCAACUUGGUUUCAUUAGAUAUUUCAAAUUGUGUUGUAUCUUACUGUCCCUCUUUAACCGACUCACUUAUAAAGAAUCGUCACCUCACCAAAUUAAAUGUAAACAAUUGUAAAUUAAAUCAGACCACUCUUUUAGGUUUUGCAAAUUCCCAUUUAGAAGUUUUAGAUAUUGGAUCCAAUAGCUUUAAUGCUGUUGAUGCAUUAGAAGAAUUCUUUGAUUGUCUUAAAGGAAACAAUACAAUCUACUCUUUAAAUCUUUCAAAUACUGGUAUUAAAUCAAAAGAAUGCCAAGCCCUUUCAAGUCUCUUAGAAUCAAAUCCAAAAAUUCUUCAAGUAGAUUUAUCACAUAAUAAAAUUAAAUCCUCAGAUAUUCAAUGUAUAGUAAAAUCAAUCCAAUCAAAAAAUUUACCAAAUACCUUUAAGUUCAAUAUAAAACUAAAAGACACCAAAAUUGAUUUAAACAAAAUUUCAAAUGAUUUAUCAAAUAAUCAAAUUUUAAUUGAUUAAUAAAAAAUAUAAAAAAAAAAUAAAUAAAAUAAUUAUAUAUUAUAAUGUUGUAAAUUUAUAAAAAUAAA